UUUUAACGGUACUCUUCUCUGGUAAAAUAGCUUAAGGAAGUAUGACAGAAAGCUCAGGCUCUGGAAUUGUUCCGGAAAUGUUGACUGAGGAAAACUAUGAGUACUGGAAAAGGUGUUUGAAAAACUACCUGGUUGGGCAUGGGCUAUGGGGUGUUGUUUCCGGAAACGAGGAGAUGCCAGAUAAACAGACGCAGAAACAAAAACAUGAAGAAUGGAAGAGGAAAAAUGCACUGGCUUUGCAUGCUAUUCAACUAUGUUGUGGAGCAGGCAUAUAUUCCAGAUUAGAUAAAGCUCACAUUUCCGCCAAGGAUGCAUGGACUCAUCUGGCUGAAAAAGCUUUGCAGCCCAACCCACCACCAUUGUCAGAUGAAGAAGAAGCUCAAGCUGAAGAUACUGGGAACAAAGAAUACCUAAAAUAUGAGAGUUUGUACAAGGCAAUUGAAGCAGGACAGCUGAAGAUUGCAGAACACUUGGUGAGUAAGAUGGAAGCAGCUGACUUGGAACUCACCAAUGAAUACGAAGCAACUGGGCUGUCUCUGGCUGCUGUCUGUGGUGCAAUCAACCUGGCUAAGGCCAUGAUAAGGAAGAACAAGAAUCUACUCAGAAUGGGAAAGGAACACGAGGACGGGCAGCUCCCUGUGAUUGUGGCUGCUUUGUACGGGCAAAAGAGAAUGGUCCGUUAUCUCUACAAUCUCACACCUAAAUCUGCGCUGAGCCCGGAGAAAGGCGAGAAUGGGGUGAAGCUGCUUAAUAGUCUUAUUACUGCAGAAAUUUACGAUGUUGCGUCGCUGCUAAUAAGACGAUACCCUAAACUGGGCGUGAUCCCAGAUCAGAAUGGCCUGUACGCUCUCAAAAUAUUGGCUCAAAAGCCUUCUGCUUUCCCCAGUGGAAUGAAGCUCGCCUUCUGGGAGAAAUGGAUUUACAACAUUCCAGAAAUCAAGUAUAUCCUUGUAAGAAAGUUGGUCCACGAUGAAUCCGUGAAGCUCCUGAGCAGCAUGUUUGAGGAGAUGCGGAAAUUGAGCAUGUCAGAACUCGAAAAACUGGAUAUUGACUCAAUAAUUUAUGAUGCUAUCAAGCAUGGGAUUAUUGAAUUUAUAACAGAAAUGCUCAAGUACAAGCCCGACAUCAUAUGGAGGAAAGAUAGGAAAGGAAGAACAGUUUUCGCGCAUGCUAUUGUAUUACGUCAAGAGAAGAUUUUCAGUCUUAUAUACGCCCUUGGAGCAAAAAAGAACAUAAUUGCUCGCAGACAUGAUGCUUUUAGGAAUAACUUUCUACAUCUUGCUGCAAAGUUAUCUCCUCCUGAUCGACUACAGCGUGUUUCUGGAGCUGCUCUUCAAAUGCAAAGGGAGCUACAAUGGUUUAAGAAAUAG